CUUUGACAUUUGACAAUAAUACGAAAUCGAAACGAAAAGAUUCGAGCUGCUCUAGCCAUCUAUAAUUUUUACGUUUAAUUCCAAAUUGCAUUAUAAAAAAGGCAGGACAUGUCACUUAUCGAUGUAUUUAUUACCACCAGUUUUCGCUAAUAGCAAGACAUGUUUAUUAAAGUGAAAAUCAGCUUCAUAAUAUAUGACCCAAAAGAUUGAAAGUGAACAUCCAAGGAUUGCAAACUCGUUACAACAUUGUCAAACAUGUUUGCCAGUCUAAAGAGUAAAAUAAAAGAAGAAACUGGUAGCGACAUUAGCAAGUUAACAAGCAAUUGGCGUAGUGGAGCAUUUUUGGGAAGAAUUACACUGAGAGAGGAUUCAUCAACAACUACUAGUCCCUCAAGUUCUGGUGGUCCAGGGGACACAACAUCAGAUUCAAUAUCUCCUCACCUACAUGCAUACUUGUCAGACCGCACCUCUGGAGAGGUGGACCAUGCAGCACUGCAGCAGCAAUAUGUUGAUCAGCUGGAAACUAAACUGAAAGACAGAGAUGUGUACUGGGAACAGAAAAUAGAGGAGCUAAAAUUGUCUUUGGCAUCUGUACAAGGUGAAGAGGCGCUCGCCGCACAGGCGGUGGCGCGCACGGCGCAAGCCGAAGCAACGCAAGCGAUCUCUGCGCGGGACGCAGCCGAGAAACAACUGAACGAGCUCAGAGCGCGGCUCGCGGCGGCGGAGAAUGCGCAGGACAAACUUGAUGCCCUUACGGAGGAAGUGGAGCAAAGUCGUCGCGAGUGGGCCCGCGAGCGCGUGGAACUAACCGCCGCGCUGGGCGCCGCAGACGCGCGCGCGCGCGACCUGGCCGAUCAGGUGGAACUACUCAAGGCUGCGCUGCCACCAGAAAACCCUCACCAUCAUAUGCACGAUGACGACAAGAGAGAAGUGAAACCGACCGGCUGCGCGGAGUUCGACCGCCUCUGUCGAGAGAGGGCGGUGCUGUCGCGACAGCUGCAGGAAGCCAAGAUGGCGCUCGCAGAUGUCAAAACGUCGUGGAGCGGGCAGAUCGCGACCUUAGAAACACAGGUGGCGCGAGUGUCGCGACAAGCUGGCGAAGAGGGAACGGAGAGACGGAGAAUCGAAGCGGAGAAAAAGGAAUUGCAGGAGAAAUUGGCCAGUAUGGCCGCCGAGUUAGACAAAACAAAACAGAACCUUGCCAAUAGUGAAGCUAAGGUGGCGCGUCUGGGCGCGGAGGUGCUGGCGCAGGCGCGCGAGCUCAAAGCCUUCCGCGCCUCCGAGGAGCGCUCCGCCGACAUGACUGCAGAAUUUGAGAAACGUAUCGAAGCCCUCAUAGAAGAGAAUAGAGAGUUGACAGAGGCGUUGGAAAAUGAACGGACCCUUGUGAAAAUACUUCGGGAAAAAGUUGACAAGUCGAACCGGCUGUACGAUGAGCAGAAGGCGGAGGUCAACCACCUCAACUCUGUGAUGACCGACAUGCAACACGACUACGUUGAUAUACAGCGGAAGUUUGACAAGGAGAAGCGUGAGAAAGACGAAGCGCUGCUGCGGAACGCGCACAUCUCUCAGAGCGUCGAGAUGAGCCACUGCAACGUGCGCUACUUGGAGACUGAAAUUGUUGACCUCAAGCAAAAGAUCACCGACUUAGAGGCCGUCAUCGCGCAACACAAAGAGAACCAAGCCGAAUGUAUGAUAAUUAAGGAGAGCGAGGCAGCUAGGAUAAAAGAAAUUGAGCAGUUGCAGAGGCGGAUCGAAUUGUUCGCUGAAACGGAGAGCGCUCUCAGGAAAUCCACACAAGACUUAGAAAAUGAAAUCUGUGAUAAAAAUAAGAAAAUAAAAACAUUAGACAAUCGGAUAUCAGACAUGAAGAAAACGUUACAGCGGGAGCUACAGAGCAGCAAGUCAGACCUGAGCUCCGCCGAAGAACAGGAUAUAAGUAGACGAUAUCUAAAACACGUGGUGCUCCGUUUCCUCACCGCGCGCGAGCUAGAAGCCCGCCAACUGACGCGCGCGCUAGCAGUGCUGCUGCGACUGUCCGCGCACGAGGAAGCGCUACUACGCGCUGCAUUGCCUGCGCGUAGCGGCCUGUCUGCCUGGUUCCCCUCCCUCAACACUUGAUCCACUGCCUCAUACAAGUCAGUAGCAAGAACGAAAUAUUCAUAAUAUUAAUGACGAUUGUGUGACUGUAAUAUACAUAGUUGUAUGUGGUAUGGUAUCCAAUGUUAUUGGACUAAAAAUGGGGAAGCUAGACGAAUUUAUGAAGGCUUAAAGUUUGUGAGCCUAUGUGAGUGAGCUCCUACCAUUACAGUAUGUUUGUGUAUAAUGGAUGGAAUGGAUGAAUCCUCAAGAAUAAAACAUGAUUUUUUGUACUUUGUGUAAUGGAGCUUAAACUAUGGCAGAAGGCUUCAAAGGUCCAAAUCCCCAAGUAUAGAACGUGAUUUUUUGAUAUUUCCUAAGUUUCUUGGCAAUCAUUUACUAACGACCUUUAAAGUUUGCUGUCUAACGGUGUCAUUGGCGACGGGGGACAUAUUUGAUACGAUAUAUGAUAUCCCGUAGUAAAUAUUGAAAAAUUGCGUUUUAUACUUGGAAAAUUGAGGAUGUGCAUCCUUAAAUCCUACCUUGCUAAAGCCAAAUAACUUAAUGGCAAACUUUUAGCUUUUAUAAAAUGAGGUCAAAGUUUUACCCUUAUGUAGGUUUGUGUAUCAAUUCAAACAAAAUGGUACUUAUUGACUUUGUAUUUAAAGUUUAAGUUUGUUUAUACAGAAAACGCGUUACGUGCCUAUAUUUUUUUUAAUUUUGAUUGAUUUAUUAGCUUACGUGUUGUAAUAAUAUAAUAAAGUAUAAAGCUUUUCAAUCUUCACAAUAUACAAUAAUGUAUGGUCAGUUCCACCAACUGUUAACAUAGUGAUAAGGCAUCUGUUGCUUUUAAAGAACAACACACUGUUAUAAUGGAAUUGAGUUAAAUGAUAAUAAUAUGUAUUAGAUUAGAUAAAAUAAACAAAAGGGACAUUUAUUUAUUCUUUAAGGCAGCUUUUGGUUCUUAUUUCAUUUAAUUGAAGUUCCGAAUUCAGCUUUGUACAUUUUUCUCAGGAAAAAAACCAUGAUAAAUAAGGGCUUUCAUUUAGAUUUAGAAAGGAUUUUUGUUAAUUUUAGAUAAUUGUGGACAUCGAAUCCAGAGCAGUCUUGUCAGAUUAUAGAUAGAUAUUUUGUUAAUCACUCUAAGAUAUAGUAAACUAUAAUUUAUGUACGUAGGUACACUUAUUUCGUCUGAUUUACUUUUUGUGAUAUGAUUUUAGUUAGCACUAAAAAAUCUAUUUACACAAUAUUAAUUAUUAUAUUUUUGAUGUUAUUUAAGUAGUAAUUUGAUUUAGCAUUCCAUUUAUUUAUGUAAUAAUAAUAUUAAAUUAUUUACAUAACUACAUUAUUUAUAAAUUACGAUGAUGGUUUAUGUCAGCCAUUGACGAUUCUCAAUUAUUCUCACGUUUCUGCAGCGCAAACGGCAGUGAAGUCGUUUCAUAAGUCGAGCUGUCAUGCACGCAGCGACCAAUAUGUGAAACGCAGAAACGUGAGAAUAAUUGACGGUCAUUGGCGUGCAUUAUAGAGAUAUAGUAUAGGUAGUUAUAAUACCUACUGAUUUACAAUUACCUUUUUGACUUAGUAUGAUAAACCUCAUCAUUAUUUUUAGUAAAUAUACGAUAUUAUGGCGUAAUGUAAUGGAAAAUAUUUUAUAACGUUGCCUUAAUAGUUGCUAGUCAAAAUUUGAGAAUAAUAAUAAGUACACACGAUUAAAGAUAUUGAGUUGGAAAAGUGAUUUGGUAAUAUUUUUUCAUCACACUUGUGUGUUAUCGCUUAUAAGCUCAUGGUACGCUAUGUAUUAAAAAUGUGUGUUUUUGGCUUUAUAUUACUGCCCUUGUGAUUUAUGAUAUUAUUUCGAUUAUGUUAAUUUCAUACCUUACUGCAAUUAUGUAGUUAUAAUACAAUUAAUUAUCAUUUGUUAAUUUUGAUUGAUUUAUUAGGUUACGUGUUGUAUGUAAUAAUAAAAUACCAUAUAUAUAAUGUAAUAAUAUAAUAUCAUAUAAUCAUGAAGCAUUCUUAAUUUAACAAGGGUUUAUUUCUUCGACAAGUAUCUCCUUGAUUAUAUGUAUUAUUGAUUAAAUUGUAAAUACCGUUAGUUUAUGAUCUAUCUCGCGAGGUUGUGAACUGUCGAUAGAUUGUAAACUCCAUACAUACUCCUAAAAACCGGAACUUGAGCGGCUUAGUAACCAAUGGUUAGGUUAGGUUAGGUUAGAUAUUUUUUUAUUUGUGAACGUACAAGUAAAAAAAACCUUACAAUCUACCUAAUAAUAAGACGUUAAAUUAUGACCAUUAUGUUGCGGUUCACAAUCGACAGUCAAAUUAUAAACUAACGGCAUUUACAAUUUUUUGGUGACAUUAUACAUACGUUAGUUAUAGGGCCGUAUGUCGCAUUACUUCGCGUCUUUGCUUUCAACACAAAACACAUUACAUAUCAAAUCAAAUGAAAUAUUUUUUGUAUAAAAAAUAUUAGCAAUAGCAACAAGUGUGUUGAUAAACGUCGUAUAACAGCAGGCGUCCACGUACGUAUCGGACGCAUGGCAUCGAAAAGAUUUUUGUAUUAUUUAUAUAAUAAGUCAUACAAUUGCGUCCACUGAUCCGCAUCGUACGGAUCGUAUCGAAUGGAUUUUAUCUACAGUAAAAUUAAAAAUCAGUUUGAUGCGAUGCGUUCGAUACGUACGCGGAUCUGUGGACGCCUGCUAUAAAACGCGAGUGCAUUGAUCGUUACAUUCGGUAUUUAUAUCGAAUACUGCUUUGAAGUAUAAUAACUAAGACUACAUAAUGUACUUUGUAGCAAUUGUGGUGUGUUAGGUGACUUUUUUUUAUAAACAGCGCUUGCCACGCGUCAAUUAUAUUUUUUUCAUUACAUCUAUCGAUCUCCUAUUAAAAAUGGAUGCACAAUCAGCGAGCGACCAAACAACGUCCCCACUCAAUGAGUGCCAAACACAACUUCUUGGCACUGAAUUCAAGUAGUCGCAUUUGCAAAUACAACCUUAAACUCAAUGGUUAAGGUUGAAUUUGCUCUGAAUUUGGGAUUUUAUUGAAUAUUGGACUAUAUUUAAAGGCUUUUAGGUAUAAUUUUCUUUAGCAAUAAUUCUAAAACUGUCAAAGAAGUUGGCCAGUUUUUAAGUGAAAUUUUCUACAUGAUUGUGCGUCCUUUUAUUAUAAGAGGUCAAUGAUUACAUCAUUAUAACAAUCGUUGAAUGUUGUCAUGGACUGUCCAAUGUCCAUUGAUUCUUGGAUAAAAUAUGUGCGCCGCCAUUUAACAUUUUAAUUCACAACUCAUGCAGUUAUUAUUAUAAUUAUCAUAAACGUUAAAAUAUAUCACGUAUGGCAAUCCGUUUUAUACAUUUAUAUUGCAUGAAGUAGAGCCGAUUUAUGAGCGUUAUGAAAUUCCAGCAAAAAUAAAAAAAUGCAGAUCCAAUAAAAAUUAUUAGAAGGAUGUUUCCUUCUAACGAUUUUUAUCAAAUAUGUCCUUUGUAUAAAUAAUAAGAAUGAGCAACCUUUUUUUUUUAAAUCAACUGAACACUGCCCUUCUAUACACAUCUUUUGUUAUCCCUGUUUUUUCAUACUGAAUAUUCGUAGUUUUCUGUUUGAUAAAGAAAAUUGUUGUUGUUGUUGUUGAUCCUAGUUAUUGAAACAUAUUGUUUAUAUGUUUCAAUAACUUUGUAUUUAAGUCAAUUGUGUUCACUCCAUAUACACGCAAAAUAUCAUUAACUUUGCUUAAUGGUCUUAGUUUAAAGCAGCGUAAUAAAAAAAAGGAUUUUUCUUUUAACUUAAUCACAAAAUCAAUCGAAUUCGCCUUCAGUCCUGGGGAUCUAGAUGCGACCAAGUGAGGAGAAGUAGACAAAAUGGCGUCCAUUUCAUUCGUCCCAACUCAAUGAAAGAGACAGUGCUAUUGAGGCUCUAAUUUACACCGCCAUUGGUUGAAUCUAUUUCUCUGCACUAGAUAUGUUGUUGGUCGCAUGUUAGCACUACGGGUGUGUCAAUACACAUUUCGUUUUCGGUUGCUAUUUCAAUGACACAUAGAAUUAAUCAUUGAAUUAGGUCCAAAUGUGUUGCUUAUAUUCACAGAUUAAAGAGUAAUAGGCAGAUAGAGCGUACGGAACACGGCAGGGAUGCAGCCAUUUCAAUCAUAAUUUUUUUUAUCAAAAAAAAAUUUUAAUAAAAAAAAACACAAAUACAAAAACUAAUAUAUACUCGAGUCAGUACGACACAAAGCGUCGCAUCAGUCAUUUUCAAUAUUAUUCAAGAACAAUCGUCUUAAGUUUUUAAAUAUUUAAAAACUGUUCACAAAAUAUAAUAAAAUAAGACGGAGUAUUUUUUAUCCAUUUUGAAAUACAAAUUAUGAAAAAGUUAAGCGGAUGUCAAGGAAACACGUGGCGUUUGUUUUUUUUUGUGUUUCACCGGCCUCACCGCGCUGCUUAUUGCUCAUUCUGUAUCAUUCUUUAUUCUGUGCUAAUAUUGUAGAUAUUGUAUAAUUUCAGAGAUCUUAUUCUAGUCAUAACUUUCUCGAAAUAACGUUAGGUAUUAUAUCAAAGUAUUUUAGUUUAUAUACUUACUAAUAAGUAGAUAAGAUCCCAAUCUACAAUGAUCUUCACUGACAAACUUUUUAUAUAAAUACAUUAUGCAAACAAACACCUACAUUACCCAAAAUUAGCGGUUUUUUUUUUCGAAAAUAACUGAUGUGUUUUAUUUUAAUAGUAAUGUUUGCGAUUAGAAUCCUACAAGAUUAUUUGUUUAUGAAAAUGUUACGAAUAUGUCAAAGAUCGAAAACGCUCAGUGAGCGGAAAAAUAGCUCACAACGCGUUGUGGUCACAGUAAAACAUCCAUAUGACGAAUUUCGUGUGAUGGCUCUAAUGAAAAUGCGCACGACGUUUGUGGCAAUCACAGAAAGACCUUAAUAGCGAAAUUGGUCUCGUGGCUGUCAUGCUAUUCGAUCUCAACGCGUUGUGGCAAUGAAAAAAAGCCAUGACGCGUAUGGAAUUUCAUUUGAUUAGUCUUUCUGUGAUUGCCACACCGCGUGCGCGUUUUCAUUAGAGUCAUAACACCAAUUUCGUCAUAUGGAUGUUUUACCGUAACCACAACGCGUUGUGAGCUGUUUUUCCGCUAACUGAGCGUUUUCGAUCUUUGAGCGUAACAUAUACAUACUGUAUAUAAUAUUAACUUAUAAACUAGCUGAGGGCAGAUCCUUGUAACUUGGGAUCAUAAGUAGCAGGCACUGAAUAUUGGCUGUUUGUUAUCAUAGUAUAAACAGAUGUAGCUGGGCUUUUUAUUUUAUGUUGUCUGAUGUUUAUGUCCAAUACAAAAAUAUCUUUGAACUUUAUAUUUUGUAACGACGAAACAUUUUAUUAUACUUUAUAGAUCUUCAGCAGAUAUUGUUUCCAUAAAUAAAUUAUUGAAAAAGAA